AUGGGUAGAGCUAAAGAAAUUAACACUGAAUACAAAGAAAUUCCUAAGGAAGACUUAAUUAAAGUAGGCAAGCCUAAAUCUGGUAAGCCUUGGAAGAAAAAUACUCAAAGAGUUUCUAACAAGGUUCUUGCACUCAGACAAAACGUUGGUAUGAUUCUUACUUUUGAUUAAAAAGUUCAAAGAGCUAAGGAAAGAAAGGAAUUAAAAGAAAAGAUGGAUUAACUCAAAUAAGAAUAUGAUGAAAAAAUGGAAAAAGAAAGAUAAAGAUUAAAAGAAAAAGCCAAAAGAGACGAAUUAAAUUAAUACAAGAGCUCUACCUUCUAAGUCAUUAAAGAUACCAAAAGAAUUAAAAACUGGAAUAAAAAAGCUAGAUCAACUCUUGCUAAGCUUCCUUCAGAACUUUACGAAAAAAUUAUUGCCAAAAAUUACUGA